AUGCUCUCCAGCACCAUCAUCACCAGCCUUAUCCUGGGUCUUUCCCAGCUAAGCACUGGCAUUGCACUGCCCUCAACCCCACCCCCAACCCCAGAACCCGGCUUCAUCAUCAACCACGUAGCCUCCGACUACUUCCCAAACUCGAAGGGCGACCUGAGCGCCUUCGACGUGGACGUCCACUACGUGGGAUAUUCCAGCGCGACCGAAGCCUGGCUCACCAGCCUGGACCCGCACUCAGCCACCAGCGACGAAGAGAAAGCGCGCAUCCUGACCGAAGCCGCGUACGCGAAGAAAUACGACGAGAACGACGCCGACAUGGCCGGCGACGUGGAGUCGUUGCUCGCGCACGUUGCCGGGAACGUCACCACUACUACCGCGGGCAUUGCGAAGCGGUCGACCUUCUCGACUAGCGCGGCGCAUGCUGUCCUGUGGAGUGCGUGCGGUACGGUGUUCUCUUGUAUUGCUGGUACGACUUGUCAGUUUGAUCUGCAGAUUAACAGGGCCCCGCGUAGCCGUUGCGAGGCGCAGGGUGGCUCGAACUGCUGUGUUAGUUGGUCGACUUAUAAUGUGCGGGCUGGGUUCUUCUCGAGUACUUGGACGGCUUGCAAUCAGGAGGUUCAGGCCGAGCAUAAGAUUAAUGCUUCUUGUGAGGGAUUCGGGACUUCGGACCAGGGUGGUGAUGUUUGUCUAAGCAAUCGUGCUACUGGAUGUACCUAG